AUGUCUUACAACAAAGCCUACGAGCCCGUCAGAGGCGACGUUGCCCAGUCAGACUACGAGCUCAUUGACUCGGACCCUUACUACACCAGAGUCAUCUCGUACUUCAGAGCUUCUGACAUCGCAGUCUGGGGUGCUUCUACUGCAGCUUUCCCAGUCGGUCUUGUGGCCUGGGAGAAAUUGGAGCCUGUGGGCGGUGCUUUCAAAAAACCAGGUAAGGUGCCUGCUCCAGCUUUGAGAGCUGCCACGUUGAUGGGCUUUUUGGGAGGUUUCUACCUUGCGUACAUCAGAUCCAGUAAAAGAUUCUUGGGCUGGUCUGAAAACGCCAGAGAGGUCAAGAAGGAUAGGUACGAAAUCAAGAAGUUGUUGCUGGAGGAGAAGUUGCCAUACCACCAGAAUGAGUCUGUGUUGGACGACAGAAUGAAGGAUAUCGCCAACAGAAACUCGCAGUACUCCUUCACUGCAUUGUUCAUUCUUCCCUGGUUCAACAUGGCCCACCACCCAUACCACGGUGUUGACAUUAAGAAGUACUACGAGAACCGUGAGGGCGAGGAGAGCUGGGGCUUCAACUUGAAGCCUUACGAGGAGAUUGUUGCCAAGUACACCAAGACGGUGGAGUAA